UGCAAACAAGAGAGUUUUUACUAGAGAUAAAAUGUAUCCAAUUAGUCAUAAGAAGAAGGAUGGAUCUUUUGUUAAUGAUGAGGCUAGAGAGAAAAGUGAACAAUUAACUUUGCUUCAAGCUAAUGAGAGUUCUACUGAUGAUGCAUAUAUCAAGUUAUUUGGAAAAGAACACCCGGGUCAUGUUAGAGGUGUAGGAUUUGGUGUUUGUCCCUCCCAAGUCAUGAAAUCUUCUAAUAGUUUAGGAGGGGCAUCUUCUUCAUGCAAUCAUGACUUUGAUAUGGCUAAAGUUCUCUCUAUGAAAGUAGAAUUACAAGAGAAUAAAGCAGCAAUUUCUUUAUUACAAGCCCAGGUGACAUAUUUCAUUAAUCAUUGUAUGGGUGGAAAAGUGCCACAUGACUUUCCUACAGCUACGAAUAAUGGGGUUGCAGAAUCUCCAAUGGAGACAAGGCCACCUUCUACUAUUCCAUGAAGUAGUUGUAGAAUUUCAUGAUUGAAGUGACUGAAG